AGGCAGCUGGAGCUGUGGGACUUCGCGGGGUCUCUCGUGAGAAGUUAAAGCUUCUCAAUGAGAUUGAGGUGCUCAUCGACUCGGAGGAGAAUGCUUUGAACAUGGAAGCUUCUGCUAAGGCCGCGGAAGGACGUCUUCGAAGCUUGCUGGAUAUCUGCGUAUGCUCUCAAUGCCAGGAGAAUAUAGAGAACAGGAUAGCUCUACAAAGCGUGAGAACCAAAGGUUUGGACGAUGGCAAGGUUAUUUCAGCAAGAACGAAUGUAGCGACUGCAAAGCAAGAGGAUCAGACAGCACCAGCGCUGGAAGGUCCCAAAACCACGAAGGUGACACUUAGAUAUAGUUUUCUAGGUCGGAAGUAUUGCUUUGGUUGCGUGCUCUCAGCUUCCAGGAACGAUGAAGAGAGAUUUCACGAAGCAGGAGUCUCUCGAAAAGGAAAGAGAGAAGGAGAGGCGCUUCUUUCUUGGAAAUGUGAAAGAAGCCAUGGAGCGUGACCGGGUUGCGCUUGACAACUUUCUGCAGAAGCAGAGGCUCAAGCAUGAAGUGUCUAAGCAGAAACUUGGCGAGGUGAAGGGGAGCUUUCUUGGGAAGUAUCUGAGCUUUCUUGACAACUCACUGGACGAUGCUCUCCAAAAGGACGAUUUAAGCGACAAGCACGACCAGGUUUUCAAGUCUUUUACGUGUUGCUUUAUUUGAUCUCGAG